AUGGCGACUGAGAUUCCUUCCAUUGCCGUGGUGGCUUCAUCCCGUGCCGUGAUCUCCGGCCGUCUGACCGCCGCCACCGUGGUUAUUUCACGGACAACGGGCAAGAUUACCGCUGUUUUCGAUACUGUGAUUCCGGCAGCAGAGUUCCCUGCCGAGACACCAUACACCGACUACUCGCCCCAUGUUCUCCUGCCCGGUCUGGUCGAUGCUCAUGUUCACUUGAACGAGCCGGGCCGUACAGAAUGGGAAGGCUUCUACACCGGCACCCAGGCCGCUGCCUUUGGCGGUGUGACCACCGUGAUUGAUAUGCCUCUCAAUGCCAUCCCACCCACGACUACCGUCAAUGGACUGAAGGAGAAGAUCCAGGCGGCCCAAGGCAAGUGCUGGGUCGAUGUCGGCUUCUAUGGCGGUAUUAUUCCAGGCAAUGCUGGUGAGCUCAAGGCUCUCGUUCAAGAGGGCGUUCGUGGCUUCAAGGGUUUCCUCAUCGACAGUGGUGUCGACGAGUUCCCUGCUGUCACUCCAGAGGACAUCAAGAAGGCUAUGGCCGAGCUGGCUGACGAGCCCACCACCCUCAUGUUCCAUGCUGAGAUGAUGCCUCCCAUCGCUGCAUCUGUAGGCGAUGGCGUCCAGCAGUCCGAGCCACCAGCCGCUCCGGCUGGUCCUCUCGAGGCUUAUGCCACUUUCCUGGCUUCCAGGCCUUCGACAUUCGAGACCUGCGCCAUCGAAAGCAUUUUGUCCCUGGCCCACCUUGCCCCCAACCUCCCCUUGCACAUUGUCCACCUCUCAGCCAUGGAAGCCAUUCCCCUCCUGAGGGAAGCCCGCGCUCACGGUGUAAAGAUCACAGCCGAGACCUGCUACCACUACUUGUCACUUGCAGCGGAGGAGGUCCGCGAUGGCGACACCCGCCACAAGUGCUGCCCUCCCAUCCGCUCCAAGCUGAAUCAAGACGGUCUCUGGGAGGAGUUGGAGAAGCAUGCUGGAGAUGGUGUCAUCAAGACCGUCGUCUCCGACCACUCUCCCUGCACACCUGAUCUGAAGAUGCUCCCAGCCCAUGUCCCCGGUCACUGCGCCGGCACCGAGGAAGAGAAGAGCGGUGACUUCUUCUCGGCGUGGGGAGGUAUCUCGUCUGUUGGACUGGGCUUGCCCAUUCUCUGGACGGACCUCAGCCGUCGUAAGGGUCUGACUUCCGCCCCGGAAGAUGAGAACACCAAGAACGCCCUCCAGGACGUCGUCCGCCUUUGCUGUGCCAACACCGCUGCUCAGGUCGGUCUAGAGUCGCACAAGGGUGACCUGGUUGUCGGAUUCGAUGCCGAUAUCUGUGUCUUCGACGACUCUGCGGAAUGGACUGUUGAGCCCAGUACUAUGCUCUUCCGCAACAAGUGCUCUCCCUACCAGGGACGUACCAUGCGCGGUAUGGUCCGCGAGACCUGGCUGCGUGGUGAGCGUAUCUACAGCCGUGAGAAGGGCUUCAACGACCAGUCUCCCCACGGCAAGCUCCUUCUCGAGCAACGAGUCUGA